UCACCCCCCUUGAGUGUACUCUGUAGCUGUGGCGCAUUCUCGACAGGAUGCCGGUGAAGAAAUCGAUCGAGGGACUGUCGUACUCUGGGGGCGAUUGAAGGUAACAUUGGAUGGACACCGUUUCAGCUGGGAUUUUUAGACCACCCUGACCAUUAAUUAUCGGCUUCAACUGGACUGGCCAGCGUCCACAGUUCCUGCUGUCGGGGCCAACACCAACAUAUUUGAUCCAGCCCCCGAUCGACCAUCACCAUCGACAAGAUGAAAGGGCUCCUGCUAAUUAUCGCUUUGACGCGAUAUGUUUUCGCCCAGCAAGCACCGAUCGUGCAGGUGGAUGUCUGGGUAGACGAUGCAGGGAAUACCGUCAGCGUCGAGACUCGGCUAGGGCCUACAGGGAUUCCAUUAGCAAGCGAUAUUCCUCCGAUUCCCGUCGAGACAGGUCUCCCUGCGCCAGGCCUGUCUAUUCCAUCCAUCUCCAACGUCAACCCAGAUGUCAACGUCGACGUCGACGUGAACUCCCAUUCCAACCGACAAUUCGGCAUCUCGUACUCGCCCUACAAUGCCGACUCGACCUGCAAGACUCUCGACGGCGUCGAGCGCGACAUCGCCCAGCUCGCAGGGAAAGGGUACGCUCUAGUCCGCAUCUACGGGGUAGACUGCGACCAGGUGCACACGGUCACGACGGCAGCCCAACGACACAAGAUGCGAGUGUUUGCAGGGGUGUACGAUCUGGAGAAUUUCCCGAACAGCCUCCAACCUUUCAUCGAGGCUGCAUCCGUCUCGUCGUGGGGGGUCUUCGACACCAUCGCGAUCGGCAACGAACUCAUGAACCGCGGGCAGAAUAGUGCCGCGGAGAUCGUCGCCGCGUUGAACACGGCGCGUGCCCGUCUCCGAGACGCAGGCUUUACGGGCCCCGUGGUGACCGUCGACACGGUGAACUCGCUCGUUACCCAUCCCGAACUGUGCCAGGCGUCCGACUACUGCGCGGCAAACUGCCAUGCCUUCUUUGAUGGGAAUGAGGUCCCCCCCGACGCGGGCCGCUACGUUCGUGCCCAGAUGGAUCAUCUCGCCGGGAGCGCUGGAAAACAGGUGCGCAUCACCGAGUCCGGCUGGCCGCAUGCCGGCCAGGCGAAUGGGGUCGCUGUGCCUUCGGUACAGAACCAGCGCGUCGCCAUUGAUAGUCUGCGGCAGGCGUUUCCUGACGGCGACCUCGUGCUGUUCUCUGCGUUUGACGAUGGCUGGAAGAGCGAUACGCAGUGGACGUUUGGCGCGGAGAAGUUCUGGGGCAUUCAAUAGUUCUGUUUUCAAUGUACUUAACACUCCGAUCUUACUUUACGUACUUAUUGACCAAAGAGUCUUA